AUGACAUAUUUCAUUAUAAAGGGGAUAUCUGAUGAUCCUGAGCUCCAGGCUCCUAUAUUUGUUCUGGUUUUACUCAUUUAUCUCAUUGUUCUUGUCGGGAAUAUGAGUCUUUUCCUCCUGGUCUGCCUGGACUCUCAUCUUCACACUCCCAUGUAUUUCUUCCUUGCUAAUUUGUCUAUAGUGGACAUGAUGUCUCCCACUGUCACCCUACAUAAGACUUUUCAAAUCUUCAUCACUGGAGAUAACAUGGUGCCCUAUGUGGCCUGUAUGGUACAAGCCUACAUGUUUGGAUCCUUAUCAGGACAAGGACUUUUCAUAUUGACAGCCAUGAGUUAUGAUCGAUAUGUAGCUAUUUGUAGGCCUCUGUAUUAUAACAUUAUUAUGAACCUCAAGACAUGUCUUCUAUUGGCCUCUUUUUGUUGGAUUUUUGGGUUUAUUCAAGUCAUUCCUUACCUUUGGAUAAUAUCCAUGAUCUUUUGCUAUUCUUCCAAUGAAAUUGACCACUUUUUCUGUGACCUUGUUCCCUUCAUGGACAUUGCCUGCAGUUACAAUUUUUUACUUGAAAAUUUGACCCUUAUACAAGGAAUGAUCAUCUAUAUUAUUUCCCCAUUUAUUCUUACCUUUAUUUCCUACAUGUAUAUCCUUAUAACCAUACUAAAGAUCCGUUCCAGUAUUGGUAGAAGAAAAGCCUUCUACACGUGUUCCUCACACCUCACAGUCAUUAUGUUGCUUUACACAACUUUGACCUUCCAGUAUGCAGUGCCAAGUAAAAGCAUGGGUUCAAAAAAACUUUUUUCACUAUUUAAUACUGCAAUGGUCCCCAUACUUAACCCCUUAAUUUAUAGCCUGAGGAACAAAGACAUAAAAACAGCUUUUAGAAGAAAUCUAGGAAAGGGUUGUGCCCAAUUUCUUGUUUGUUUUUAA